UCAAGGAGUUAUAUACAAUGGAGUUUGAGUUUGAGGCUGCCAAACACAUCUGAGCUGGGGUAGAAAAACGAGAGAUUCUUUCACCUAACCACUCUCCACUACUACUCUUUUCUCUUUUUCAAAUUGCUUUCUAUCGAUAUCUCCGUCUUUCUCUCUCGUUACUAUAUUCAUUGGGAUUCGGCCAAAAAUUCUGAAUUUAGUUCAGAUGGCAGCAAUGUCAGGGAAGAUUGUCCAAAAUGUUUUUGUGUCACAAUGGUACCCACAAAACAGACAGUCCAGCACCCAAUUUCAAGGGGACCAUUUUGUCCCUUAUAUGCGCAAGUUCCUUCCCUUUCAAGGAGGGAAGGUAACAUUGACUGACAUCUCUUCCAUGCAUUUGCGCAACUUAUCAAAUUACCAGAGUGGUUUUGCUAACCGGAGAACUGUUCAUUGCAAUGCGGCUCCAUCUACCACUGCAUUAUCGCCUCUAGACAAAGUUGAUUUUCUAAAGCUUCAAAAUGGAAGUGAUAUUCGAGGUGUUGCCAUUCCUGGGGUUGAGGGAGAACCAGUCAAUCUCACUGAACCAGUUGCAGAAGCAAUAGCAGCUGCCUUUGCUGCUUGGUUAGUGGAAAAGAAGAAAAUUGAUGGCUCUCGGCGAUUAAGUGUUUCUAUUGGUCAUGACUCUCGUAUAUCUGCACAAACAUUACAGGAUGCAAUCUCUCGAGGAAUUUCUGGUGCUGGACUGGAUGUUAUUCAAUAUGGAUUAGCAUCUACACCAGCAAUGUUUAAUAGCACACUGACAGAUUCUGCUGCUUACUUAUGUCCAGUUGACGGUUCCAUAAUGAUAACAGCAAGUCAUCUUCCAUACAACCGGAAUGGAUUCAAAUUUUUCACAAGUGCUGGAGGGCUUGGAAAACCUGAUAUAAAGGACAUCCUGGAACGCGCUGCAGAUAUAUACAGUAAAUUUAAAGAUGGAAUGGCUUCUUCCGAGGAGAAAGUUUCUGCAUUAGUAAAGAGAGUAGAUUACAUGUCUGUAUAUACAUCUGGACUUGUGAAUGCAGUUCGAAAGGCUGCGGGGAAUUUAGAGAAGCCAUUGGAAGGGUUCCACAUUGUUGUUGAUGCAGGGAAUGGAGCAGGGGGAUUUUUUGCCGCUAAGGUGCUUGAGCCUCUUGGGGCAGUCACAUUUGGUAGUCAGUUUCUGGAGCCAGAUGGUAUGUUCCCAAAUCAUAUUCCAAACCCAGAGGACAAGACAGCAAUGAAAGCUAUCACUAAGGCAGUCCUUGAUAACAAGGCUGAUUUGGGGAUCAUCUUCGAUACAGAUGUGGACAGAUCUGCUGCUGUGGAUUCUACUGGUCGUGAAUUCAAUCGGAAUCGACUGAUUGCCUUAAUGUCUGCCAUUGUUCUUGAGGAACAUCCAGGAACAACUAUUGUUACAGACAGUGUGACAUCAGAUGGUCUGACCACAUUUAUUGAGAAAAAACUUGGGGGGAAGCAUCACCGCUUUAAAAGAGGCUACAAGAAUGUCAUCGAUGAAGCUAUUCGUUUGAACUCAAUUGGCGAGGAAUCACAUUUGGCAAUUGAAACUAGUGGUCAUGGAGCUCUUAAGGAAAACCACUGGCUUGAUGAUGGAGCAUACCUCAUGGUCAAAAUCUUGAAUAAACUUGCUUCAGCCAGGGCUGCAGGACAGGGUAUUGGCAGCAAAGUACUGACUGAUCUUGUAGAAGGAUUGGAGGAACCAGCUGUUGCUGUGGAACUGAGACUAAAGAUCAAUCAAAAUCAUCCUGAUCUUAAAGGAGGAUCGUUCCGCAACUAUGGAGAAGCAGUUUUGAAGCAUUUGGAGAACUCUAUUGAAGCAGAUGAAAAGCUUAGAAAAGCUCCUGUAAAUUAUGAAGGCGUUCGAGUUUCUGGCUUCGGAGGUUGGUUUCUUCUCAGACUUUCACUUCAUGACCCCGUGCUUCCUUUGAACAUUGAGGCAUCGAGCCACGAUGAUGCUGUGAAGCUUGGCCAUUUUGUGCUUGCGGCUACGAAGGAAUUCUCGGCUUUGGACACAUCUGCCUUGGACAAAUUCGUCCAAGUAUAAUUUAGCAUUUGUCAAAUGCUGCGAUUCCUUGUCUUUAAGUUGCAACUUCUUGUGUGUUCUUUUUUGGCUGCAGUAACUAAGAGGGUUUUGAAAACACUUGCAAAGUUUAAGGUUGACCAACAUUUGGCUAUAGAAUAAUUCUAAAGUGAAGACUUUAGAAAUUUUUAUGUCAUUUUAUGUUUCAGCA